CUUUAUCCUAACACAUUUCUACAAAAAUUUAAUAUGAAUGCAAUUCAACAAUCCUACUAAGGUUGAAAAUGUUUUCAAUAAAAUUGGACCAAUAAUGCAUCACGUAGAUCAUUUACAAACUAGAAGGAUUGUAGAAUGCAUUAUAUCGAUGAGUUCGGUAACAAUUUUACUUGCAGAGUCGCGAACUGUGUAGUACGCAACGCCAUUGGAAGAUGUCUGUAAUUUUGUUUUUUUACAAGCGUUAUUCCUAAUUCGUGCGAUUAAAUAUUCCAAGUGUUCUAUGCAUUUCUAAACCAAUUUCAUAAUAUACAAAGCAUACUACGAAUAGGAAGGCAAAGGAAGGAUUGUUGAUGUUAAGUUGAGGUUAUGUUCGUGCGUAAUUCCGGAUUAGCGAUCUACGCGACAGGUGAUAAUUACAUUUCACGUUGAAACCUUAUGUUCGCAGUAUCUCGUAAUUAACAAAUGUGCUCACGAAUAGUUUCAAACUGUUUGGUAAACAAAUGUGAAGUGCGUCAAGUGUAAAUAGCGAAACAUAAUAAUUUUUAUAAUAAAAGACAUCCUUAAGCCUAACAUAACCUAAUUACAUAUUCAAUGAAGGAUAAAUGAUACAGAAUUUUGCACCACUACUGUAAUGGAAACAAACAUCGGUACAGAAUUCAAACUAAAAAAUGGCUCAACUACAGAGCUCUCUUCAAACUGUCAAGAGUACGUUGAUGAAUAUCCAUCGCCAUAUAUCAAAGCAGAGUUGCCUUUCAUCAGCGAAGAACUUGCUCGCUCUGCAACAUUCUCCCGUUGCACACAAGCUGGACGUGUUAAAGAAUGUAUUCGCAUACAAGAUCAAAAAUCCGCUACUCUUGGUACGAAGGAUGAUUUUGUAGAUACCGAAACAUCGUCAGAGAACAAUUUUGGCUCGAGAAAUGUAAGAUCGGGGAGCAUUUUUUCAUGGGAUUCUCUAAUGAAAUCGUGGCAAGAUUCUUCUACUCAGUGCGACAGGGAUAUCAUUCUCAAAGAGAAUCCAAUUGUAGAUGAUAAUUACAAAUAUACGGCUCGUUCUGAUCAAGAACAGUCAAGUACUUCUACAGAAAACAUCAUUUCUGGGCAAUCGAAUGAUUUUGUACAAAACGACAAGGAAGAAGAGGAUAGGGCUCAAUGCGAACUGUGUAAAAAGUGGGUCAGAAAAAGUUAUCUAAUACGUCAUACGAGAGGCCACUACGCCAAGAGAACGCAUAAAUGUCCCCAACCAAAUUGCAAUAAGUCUUUUAUACAAAGAUCAAAACUCCUAGCUCAUACUCAAGUCCACAAUGGCACUAGACCCUAUCAAUGCAAUAUUUGUCAGAAAAAAUUCUCUCAGAGUUCUCACUUAACUGUUCACAUAAGCGUUCACACCGGUGAAAAACCUUAUGAAUGUAACAUUUGCAAUAGAAAGUUCACUCAGAAAUCGGCACUGACUGUACACUCGUUGAUCCAUACUGGUCAAAAAUCAUACGAGUGUAGUAUUUGUCAGAAAUUUUUUAGGCAAAAAUCACACUUGACCGUACACAUGAAAUUUCAUGCUGGUAUAAAGCCGUAUGCCUGCUCUAUUUGUAGUAAAUCAUUUACUCGUAAAUCAAGCUUGAAUCGACACGAAUUAACCCAUAGUAAAAUGAAGCCUCACAAGUGUCGUAUCUGUAAAAAAACAUUUAUUCAAAAAUCAAAUCUAAGUCGACAUGUACAAACCCAUAUGGAGCAGGGGGUGACAAAUGAAUUUGUCGAAUGCAUAUUGCCAGACAUCAAAACUGAUCAAUUAUACCGUGCAUAAUCGAAUAUAUAUAAUAAUUGACAUAUUUUUUUUGUACAUUUUUAUUGUAAUAUGUAAUGUUAUUUAUUUUUAUUUUAACAGAUUGCAAUGCAACUUUAUUGGUCAGAUUCUACAUCUUUUAGGAAUCAUGUACAUAAUAUUAGUGUCUAGAUACUGUGAAAAUAUGAUCAUUCUUAGAUCUGGAUGUAAUAGAAAUAUUUUACUUCCAUGGAAAAAAAUUUAAGGGGAGCCUCCAUUGAAAUUGCGAUGCCUGGCAUUUUUCAAUAAAACUAAAUGCGUAUCAGAAUACUUGUUUUCGGAUCUUAAAAAUUACGAACAACUAUCUCAAAAUCGAAAAUAUGUUUUUGAUAAUGCGUGUUUCAGUCUUUGAUAGACUCUAGACUAAACGCUGUUAUAUCUUCCGAGCAAGAUGUCGGACUGUCACAUCAAUUUUUUUAGGAUUCCUAGCAUUCAUACGAAGAAUGCCUAGGAUUGCUUUCAUGUUUUUAGAAACCCAAAUUUGAAACAAAAAAUGAAAGCCCAUAUUUUAUGACUCAUAUUUUGCCUUUCUCUUGCAACCUUUGUGUUAGUCCCACAAACCAAGUAUUCGUAACUUCUUCAAAUUUCUCUUGUUCCAAGGAUCUAUCCGAAGAAUACCUAGCACUGGUAAAUGUUUUCCAUAUCCUAUCUCUCGAACAAACACUGCAAGAAAAAGGACAAAAUAUGAGUUCUAAUUUUUUCUGUUGGUUUCGGGGCCAUGAAAAAAUAAAAGGGAUCCUAGGCAUUGUUUGUAAUGAUGCUAGGACAGGUUGGGAAAAUCGGGAAUAGUCAGGGAAUUUCGACUAUUGGACAAAGUUAGGAAAAAGUCAGAGAGUUAUAUUGGACCAUAGCGAAAAACGUACUUUAAAAAAAAUUUUUUCCAAAUUUCAGCUAUGUUUCGUAAAUUCAGCUAAGCUAACUUUCGGAAAUGGUAUUAUUCAAUUUCUAAUUAUUUGAGAAAAAAUGCAGUGCUAUGUGGUUUUGAAUCUUAAUUUAUGUAUUGAAGGUGCGCAAUUCCUGGAGCUUCUGGUCAUAAAAAUUGCCAACAUUACCCAAGUUUCGUAGAAAAAGGUCAGGGAAUUCUGUAUUUUUAGACAGAAAAAGUCAAUGAAAAGUCGUAAAAUUUUAUUUGAGCAAGGUUAUCUCUACGUUUCAGAAAUCCUAAAGAUAAUCGAUGCGACAGCUCGACAUCUUGCUCAAAAGAAAUGAAAGUGCGAAGUCUGGAACCUGUGCAAGAUCAAAAUACGCAUUACUGAAAACAUUUUUUCGGUUUUGAGAUCGUUGCUCGUGGUUUUUAAGGCCCAUGAACAAGUAGCCUGAUGCACAUUUAGUUAUUUUGAACAAUGUAAAACUUAGCAAAUUCACCAGAGGCCCUCCUUAAAUGGCAUAACUGUUGAAAGAAUUGACAUAUCUUUAAAACAGUUUCAAUAAAAGUCGAUUAUUAUUCAACCAAGAUUAUUGAACAUGGUUGAAAAUUGCACAAAGUUCAACGAUACUCUCUGCUUGUGAAACUAUAUUUACACUAUUUGUAUUACCUCAAAAAAAGAAAAAAAAACAACACUCUUACUCCAAUCUCAGAAACGAAAAAAAUAAAAUGAACUAGCUCACAGGUGGGUAAAGGAAAAGGUUUUAGAGAAAAAAUUCUGGCAACAAAAUCUCACUAUUACUAAUAUUUUUUUCAUCGUUCCUUGUAUGUGUAAUAAAUCCAGCUUGUUUUGUUACACAAGUAUAUUACAUUAUUGAUAGAAUUUUAUCAAAAAAGAUUAGGAAUAGUUGAUAUUAUUCAUGUAAUCAAUGAACAAGAGUUGUCACCGCAUAGUGAAAUCAUGUCAUGAAUAUAUGUAUAAAAUAUACUUUUUUUGGAAAUUGUAAUUCUUAUAUACUUAAUCUACUUGCUAAUCAAUUGGUGAUGUUAUAUACCAUAAAGAUAUACAUGUAACGCAUUGUUCCGAGUAUAAGCCGACCCCCAAUUCUGAAACUGUAUUUCAGGAUGUUUUUCUUGGUUAUCCGUACAUAAACGGGUCCACGUAUAAGACAAGGACGAUUUUGACAGGUGUUGUCAAUGACAAAAAACCUUGGGUUAUAUUCAGAACAAUACGGUAUGUUUAUGUGUAUAUGAGAAAUUUGAUGGGCAGUAUUUGAUAACAGUUUUAGUACCAAUUUAAUAAAUUCAAUUAUUAUUUUAUUAUUACACACAUUAAUAUACAUUUCGGAAUGUUAAUUAAUUAUAUGUUACCAGUGAAUAAUAUUGCACGAUUUUUCCUGCUGAACGUUUUUCAGUUAGAAUCAUCGUUGCCAGGAACAAAAAUUUAUAGUUGCUAUGGUUUAUUGUUAAUUGCAGAAUGAGGUCAAAACAAAUAUUGAAAAAUAAUAUACGUUCAAUUGUUUGGCGUACCUUUAAAAUUAUUUUUAGCCGACACUAAAUAUUCUCAAACGAAUUGAAUAAAAUUAAUGUUAUAUUCUUUAAUUAAAGUGGUGGCAUAACUAGUUAAGUUGAUUCAUUUGUAGAUCUAAAAUCAUAAGUGUUUAUUGCAAUGUCGUCGCCUUCAUUAAAUGAAUCGAGCCCUAAAAAUCUCGAAAAUUCAACGACGGAUAAUGAAAGCGAGCAAGUCAGUACAGGUAGGUAUAAUAGUUCUAUACAACAUAUCUCAUAUACGAGGUAUAAAUUCUCAGCAGGAUCAAUACAGCAACGCAGUAUUCAUGAAAAUGAUUGCGACUCUACUAUUCAAUCGGAGAGAACGAUAGUCUCGCUGUUAUCAUCAAGUGUUGA